CGAUGCUGCAGCCAAGAUGGCGGCGGGCACUGAGUGAGCGCGAGCGGGGACAGCGGCUCCGCUCCCGGCGCUCUCCCCGCCUCGGGCAGGGGCGCGCAGAGGGAUGAGGCGCGUUCCUGGUCCCGGCUGGUUGUCGUGAGGGGCGCGAGCAGAGAGACACCAUGGCGGGGAUUAUCAAGAAGCAGAUCCUGAAGCAUCUCUCUAGCGAUCCCAGAUGGCUCUGGUGGAGAUUGGUUUGCUGUGAAUGUCCUUACUACCAAAAUGAGUACCAGAAGCUUCUCAGAAGCCAUGGGAACUGACCACUUACUUUCACCAGGAGUAGGGGCCUUAUGUCUGAAUACCUUGCCCUCAGGUUCACCAAAAAUCUGUCACCUGACAAGAUCAACUUGAGCACAUUAAAGGGGGAAGGUCAGCUGACCAAUUUAGAGCUGGAUCAAGAGGUACUUCAGAAUAUGCUGGAUCUUCCCACAUGGCUGGCUAUAAACAAGGUGUUUUGCAAUAAAGCAUCUAUUAGGAUACCAUGGACAAAAUUGAAAACACAUCCCAUCUCUUUGUCCUUGGAUAAAGUUAUAAUGGAAAUGAGCACAUGUGAAGAGCCACGUGCCCCUAAUGGACCCUCUCCUAUAGCAACUGCAUCUGGACAGAGUGAAUAUGGCUUUGCUGAAAAAGUGGUAGAAGGCAUUUCAGUUUCUGUGAACUCCAUUAUAAUAAGGAUUGGUGCAAAAGCCUUUAAUGCCUCAUUUGAACUUUCCCAGCUGAGAAUAUAUAGUGUAAAUGCAAACUGGGAACAUGCUGACCUCAGAUUUACCAGAAUACAAGAGACUCAGCGUGGAGAGGUUUUGACUUUUAAAGAAAUCAACUGGCAGAUGAUCAGAAUAGAAGCAGAUGCAAUCCAGAGUUCUAAGCAUGAAAUCAUGAGUGCUCCAGUUCGACUGAUUACUAACCAAUCCAAAAUUAGGGUCACACUUAAAAGAAGGUUAAAAGAUUGUAAUGUAGUGGCAUCCAAACUAGUUCUGAUUCUGGAUGAUUUGCUGUGGGUUUUGACUGAUUCCCAAUUGAAAGCCAUGGUGCAGUAUGCCAAAUCUCUUAGUGAAGCUAUAGAGAAAUCAACAGAACAGAGGAAAAGCUUGGCUUCUGAAACAGCCCAGAGCUCUGCCCCUGCACCCAGCUCUCAGCAGGUGAAAAUGCACCAGACAACAGCAGCGUCUGAUCAAAAUGAUGCAAUAGUAAAAUUAUUUAAUGAUUUUGAUGUUAAGGAAACUUCUCAUCACUUAGUGAUUUCCCAUUUGGACCUACAUAUAUGUGAUGAUAUCCAUUCUAAAGAAAAAGACCCAAAUAGACGUGUUACGGGAGGGGCCAUGCAGCUUUCCUUCAGCUAUUUAACAGUGGACUAUUAUCCAUUUCACAAAGCAGGAGACAGCUGUGACCACUGGAUGCAUUAUAGUGAUGCCACUAAAACCAGAAGUGGAUGGGCUGAAGAAUUAUUAAAUGAAUUCAAAAGCAAUGUUGAAUUGCUUAAGCAGGCUGUGAAGGAUCAGGUUGUAGAUUCUCCUCCCAAAUCACCACCUGAUGUAUCUCCCCAGAACCUACAAACAGGCAAAGAACAGAUACCGAAAGGAGCAUCUAGGGCUUCCUCUGUAUCUUCCCAACAACCAAAGGGCAAACUGAUGUCUAGUCCUAUUGUGGUUAGACUUGCAGAUUUCAAUAUAUAUCAGGUUUCGACAGCAGACCAGUGUCGUUCUUCCCCUAAAGCUCUGAUCUCUUGCAAUAAAAAGUCACUUUAUCUUCCACCAGAAAUGCCAGCUAUUCAUAUUGAAUUCACUGAAUAUUACUAUCCAGAUGGAAAGGACUUUCCUAUUCCAUGUCCAAAUUUGUAUGGCCAGCUAAAUGCUUUACAGUUCACCCUGGAUGAGAGAAGUAUUCUUUGGCUAAAUCAGUUUGUGUUGGAUUUGAAACAGAGUCUUAUUCAGUUCAUGGCCAUGUACAAGUUAAAUGACAAUUCAAAAUCAGAUGAACAUGUUGAUGUUAGAGUGGAUGGACUAAUGUUAAAGAUCAUCAUCCCAUUUGAAAACAAAUCUGAAAUUCAUAAAGAUCAACCUCGUGCACUUUCCAUUCAAAGUUCAGAGAUGAUUGCUACGAAUACCAGAUGCUCACCAAACUGCAGACACUCUGAUCUAGAAGCUUUGUUUCAGAACUUCAAAGACUCUGAAUUUUUUAGUAGAACUUUCACCAGUUUUCCUAAGUCCCAGAAAAAUUUUAAUCUUUUGCAUCCAAUCUUCCAGAGACAUGCUCAUGAACAAGACACUAAAAUGCAUGAUGUUUAUAAAGGUUAUAUCAUCCCAAAAUUGAAUAAAUAUGCAUUAAAGACAUCUGCAGCUACUGAUGUUUGGGCUUUGCAUUUUUCCCAGUUUUGGAUAGAUUAUGAAGGAACGAAAAGUGGGAAAGGCCGACCAAUAAGCUUUGUGGACUCAUUCCCGCUUUCACUUUGGAUUUGCCAGCCUGUAAGAUUUGCAAAGUCUCAAAAAGAGCUUUUAUCGCAUAAUCAGACAGCUUUGAACAUUCCAAGAAGUGAAUCUAGUGAUCUUGCUAAUAGAUUGCAACGUAAAAAACUUCUAAAGGAAUAUUACAGCACUGAGACAGAGCCCUUGACCAAUGGCAUUCAAAUGUCUGAGACUUCAGGAGUGCUUUCUGAAAGCUCUUCCUCUGAUGCAGAUGUACAUGUUCUUGUCCAUGUUCAAAAACAUGUAAGCAUGCAGAUCAAUCACUACCAGUAUCUUUUUUUGCUGUUUCUCCAUGAAUCUCUUGUAUUGCUUCUGGAAAACUUAAGGAAUGACGUAGAAGCAGUGACAGGAAAACCUGCAAAGCAAACAGAUGUCUGCAUUGGGAUCCUACUGAAAAGUGCAGAAAUAGCUUUACUACUCCAUCCAGUGACUCAGGGAAACCCUUGUAAGUCUCCUGUUGUGGAAGAAGGAAGUCCUGUGGCAUCAGAACUCUCCCCUGUGGGAAAUGGGGAAGCUGUUACUUCAGAGAGUAAAUUAGUUGGUAGUAAGAUAGUGGAAGCUAGUAUUACUAAUUUUAAUUAUGUAAAUGACUGCAAGCCUCUGAAUGCUGAAAUUAAUAAAGGAAUUUUAAUAGAUCCUCUUUUGUUUAAAUCAGACAGUAAUACGGAUCUUCAGAAAGGAAUGUCAUUUUCAGAUGAUGCAUCAGAUAAAGGUUUGGGAGAUACAAGUGAAGGAGGAAGCAGUGGACUCUUUAGUAGAAGUGAUUCAGAGGAGGUCUGUGGACCUCUAAGUGAGAAAAGUAGCUUGAAUCCUAGGGAUUCAGUGUCCAUUCUAAAUAAGAGAGAAGAUUCUACUGAAUUUUUCAUUGAUAAAGAGGAUGACAGAAAUAUGUUCUCAAAUAAGUUAAAUGAACAGGAAGGCACAACUGAAGGCUGUCCUAACCAAGUCAAUGACUUGGAAACAGAAACUGCCUUAGAAUCUGAAGAGCUUGAAAUCAACAAAGACAAAGUGACUUCAGUUAAAAUGUUUGCAUCCCAGUCUUCAUCAAGUGCUAAGCCUAAGGAACGCUGUUCAUCCAACCUCCCUGCAUUCUCUGUUUCUUACAAAAAUAUGAAGAGAAGUCCAUCACAAGUCUCUCUGGAUACCAUCUCUAUUGAUAGCAUGAUGCUAGAGGAUCAUUUGAUAGAGAGUGAUGGAAGUGACAGUCAAAGCUUUCUGGAGAAAGGUAUUACAGCCACAAACUAUCAAAGCCCAUCAGAAAAUGCCCAUGAAGGAGGCACAGUGAUUGAAAAUUGUGAUGGGUCAUCUCCAGAUGCCUUGAGCGCUGCUUCAGAGAAUGCCCAUGAGACCAGUGAAGAAAUGAUGUCAGUUGUGGUUUUUCAAGUAUUUGGUGUUAAUGGUGAAAUCGACAUCAGGGGUGAAGACACAGAAAUAUGCCUACAGGUCAACCAAGUGAUACCAAAUCAGUUGGGAAACAUUGGUGUUCGACACUAUCUGUGCAACAGAACUGUUGGUUCUGACUGUAAAUCUGUGGCUGGAUCUGUUAAUUCAACACCUGAGAUUAGUCUGAGAUGGGAAAACGGUCCUAGUGCUGUUGUACAUUCACUGCUAGCUGUAAAAAACGGUUUUCUUCAGUGUCAUGUGGAGAACUUCAGUGCUGAAUUUCUAACAUCUUCCCUCACAAACAUUCAGCAUUUUCUAGAAGAUGAAACUGUUGCAGAAGUGAUGCCUAUGAAGAUAAAAGUUUCUAAUGCAAGGAUUAAUUUAAAAGAUGAUAGUCCACGUGAAAAUCUCAAGGCAUCUGAGGUGGUACCCAUAAAACUGCAUAUUGACAUACUCUGGAUAGAAAGAAAUGAUGAUGGCACUUUUGUCAUUAGAGAUAAUCAAAAAAUGAAUGAUGUGUCAAAGAUGAAUUCAAGUAGUGCAUUGCAGCAAGCAGUGGAACCUGUUGGACGUAAAACAAAGGACCAAGCCACACAGAUUACUUGUGAAAUUCCCAGACCUUCUAAAUCAAGCAGGGAUUCAGCUGACUUCCUUAAAAAUGAGCUUAUUGAAGAAAAUGAAUGUCUCAAACGGGAGCUAGCCAAAGCCAAACUGGCUCUUGCUGAGGUCCAAAUGGAAAAAGAUGCCCUGCUUCAUCACAUGAAAAAGAUGAAUGUUGAUCAUCAGUAGGACAGUGUUCUGGCAGUGCAAGAACAUCAGGACUUCAGGGGAUGGUGUCAUCUAAAAUACUGUCUGUAAAUCACUUGAAAAUGUGGUUGUUUUUUUGGUCACAGGCAGUUUUCUCAUUAUAAAAAAAUGGUUGUGAACUAGGUACUAUUCCGAAUUUUUCAUUAAACAUUGUAACCUUUUUCAGCUCAUUUUAAACUGAAUUGACUUGGGAAAAAUCAGUUUGUACUGUACUUUAUUAAUUUACAAAUGAAAAAAUCAUAUCAUCUACUUUUAUUAUUAUCAAAGGAAAUGUUAUUUUUAAAAUGUUUUCUGAAAAGUGGAUGGCUUAGCUGUGAAAAAAGGUGUACCACAUGUACCACACCUCACUAACAAACUGUACCUCUGUUUGUUAAAGAUAUGUUGUUUGAUUGUUACCAGAAGGUAUCCAUACAAGAUGUUACAUUUGCACUAUGAUGAUGUGGGCUAGAUCUUCUAGAAUAGCAUAGCUACUGAAAAUUAAAAUACCAGCCCUAAACUGGCCCUAAAUUCAGUGUAAUUUGCCCAGAGAGGAUUUUAAGAAUAAUCCUCUGGUGCUAUAGACUUCCCUAUACCGUUUCCAUAUGUGUUCCUAAAAUACCACAGUAAAUGCUGGAGAAUUUAAGUAAGAGGGCAUACUACUGGACUUUCCUUCUGCAUGAAGGUCCACUGUAUCUGUACAGCUGAUGUAACUUAGACAUUCACACUUUAUUUUUCCUCUCUCUGUGAUGAGGAUAUAGCCCUGCACUAGGAUCCAGUCCUUUGUGACAGGUGAGCUUGGAGCCAUUUUGCAUGCAUGUCUGAUUUCUGCACAACUCAUCAGACAUGCCAAGGAUUUGGUUCAAUGUAUUUAAAUAUGUAAUGUCAGUGCUUGUGAGGGGGAAAAUCCUACAGGGAUUUAUUAAUUGUAUAUUGCUUUUUUUUGAUAAAAAAGUUGUAGAGAAUCACUUAAUUACCCAAUGAAAUUGUGAGAUUACAUGAAAUGUAAUUAUACAGUUUAAAUUAUGGGUGAUUUGUACAAAUUGAACAAUAACUUUCAGCUAAAAACUGGUACAGAUGGAUAAGUAAAAAAGCACAACACUGUAAAAUAGAGAAUAUAAGAGUGUGCUUUUAAACAAUUUAGGAAACAACAUAUGAAACUAUAGAUGCCUGUAAGAGAUUGUCUUUGCUAGAAGUAAAAAUGACUGAAUAAUUUAACUAGUGACCUUGAAUCUGACAACUGAAAAUCUUUUAAUUGCUACCACAAUUGUUUCUGCUCCAUUGGAUGUUGGAGGGAAGUUUUAUUUGUAGAUAUGCAAAUUUACUAAAGUAUUUAGUAUCCUGUGGUUUGACUUUGCAUAUGCAGGCUGUCAAACUAGUUUUAAUUAAAAUGGUUUUCAUUAAAACUUUUUGGAGGACACAUAAUUUGCACUGCCGAAAAUAGUUAUUGAAAGUGUGUAGAUUUUAAUGAAGAACUCUGUGGAAGAACUGGUUCAGGCACUAUUUUAAAGCCUGCCUUAUGAACCCUCAUUGAAACUCCCCGUAAUGCCCAUGGAAAUUAUUUUAUUAUUCUGAAUAAGAUGAAAAAAUAUACAUACAAUGUUUCUAAUAGAGAAAUUAAAUAUUUGUAUUUCAACAGUUAUUUAAGACAAUACAGCAAUUUCACAUAAAUGCAAUGUCAGAUUCAGGGGAGUAUUUCUCCACUGGUUUAAUUCUGGUUGGUACUAUUAAAGUAAUUCUUACUUGGUUUUUCCUUGCCAAGAUCUAGUUAGAAUUAUUCUGAAGAAAGGAAUGUAUAGAGCGCUUAGUAGCAUGUUGCUAGAAUAUUACAUUGAGAAUUGUUUAAUUUUUAAAAAGAAAUAAAUAGCAAUAUCAAAUGCCUGUCUUUAUUACUGCAUAAGCUAGUACCUGCUUCUUUUGAGAAAAGCCAAACACAAAUCAAACUCAAAACAAUAGCCCAAACCAGCCCUUCUCAGAUGUUGAAAUUCAGGGUAUCACUUCUUAGCAUUUUGAUAUAACUGAAUACAUUUCUACUUCAUGGCAGUUUUGCAGUAAUGAGCAUCAUAUGUGCACAGUUCAGAAGAGAUAGGUGUGUUUGGUUGUGAGCUUGACAACACUGAGUGUGAUAGUAGUGUGUCAGUCUGAAAUGAGUUAUGGUAUUGAAAAAAAUGCAGAGGGAAAGUUAAUAAAUUAAUUUUUGAAAGUGCAUUUAGGUUAUACUAAACAUAGCUAUGAAAAGACUCAGAUUAAAAACAAAAAAAGGCUUAAUUCAUCCCCAGGCUCUGCCAGUGUACACAACCUCCUUAAAUCCUAGAUAGGAACUGUUGUGCAAUCAGUAGAGCUUCUUGAAUGAAUCACUGCUUUUAUUCUGCAAAGAACUUGGAGAACUUCAGCGUAUACUGAAAACUGACUCCAGAAGUCCUGCAGGCAAACUGUUAGCAAGUUUUAUUUUUAUUUUCUAUGGAAAUUUAAACUGGUUUACAGUUUAACACUUGUUAGCUUGUUUAGAAAUCCUGUUUUAAUGCCUAACGAAGCUUUCAUGUUAGCUCACCUUGAAGAGGCUGCACCCUUUCCCAGGCUCGGUCAUUGAAUCAUUCUGGCACACACUGUUCCAGUUCUCACUAACUCUUACCGUUGUUGGUAAGCAGCAGUUUUAAAUCAAAAUUAUGUGGCCUUACAGUAUUACUUAUAAAAAGCCUGUUGGAGAGGCAGCUUUGUGAAGAUCAUGCCUGUUCUCUGAUGUCCCUGCUCCCUGGAUUAAGCCCACCAUGGCUGUUGGUGCAAGGGGCCAUGGCACUGGCUGGGAGGGAACUGCCUUUUUUUUUUCCCCCUCCUGCCUAAUUCCUUUAUUUCCCAGUCCCAUUACCUAUGUCUUGGACACUGUCUUGAUUAGGAAUUUACUUGGGAGUCUUAAACUGAGAUCACAAUUGAUCUCUAGAGGAUAACUGCUAGCUACAGAACACUUCCUACAAUCUUACAUGAUAAUGGUUACCUUUAUUCAAAAUAAUUUUAUAAUAAAUGUAAGGGGAAUGUGAUAAUAAAGGUAAAGACUUUAUCAAGCAUCUACAAUUCCAAGAGUACAAAAUGUAUGUAAGGUAUUGCAGAAGCAAACUCCCCACAGUGACCAGAUUUCACAUGAGUAAUGAUGAGGAAAAUGGUUUCUGUAUAAAGAAAAAAGUGCUUGUCUAAUUCUUAAAAUGUUCAUCACAAAAUGCUUGAAGUAGAUUUUCAGCUCACUGUUGCCAUCUGCAAAUUUUAAAGAGUACUUCAGAUUCGAAUUCAGCUGUUGAUAUAAUUCAAUGUCUUUUUAUCUGUUGUAGGGACAGAACAUGACCUUGCUAAUAUGUUAAGUAGCAAUGAAAUUGUGGGCACUUGCUGUGAAAUCCACUAAUUCAUCCCUCCCAGUAGGGAAAUGAGUUUUUGACAGCCCUGCAAUACAACUUUAUCUUUUUUUAAUUCCAACCCGUGCCACUUCACUUUUGCUGACUAGCUUUUGAAUAGCAGCCCCAUUUCCUCUGCCUCCGUGAAGAUACCUGUCAAUGUAAACCUAGUGGCAGGCUUUGUAGUGCUGAAGCACAUCUCUCAUGUCCUGAGGCUAACACAUGGUUUUGAGUGGUGCAGGCACCAAAUGCUGUGUUCAGCUGUACUCUGUUUAGUUCUGUGGCAGUGCCUCUCCUCAUCUUGUACUGCUUAGUAUGGAACCUAAAAGCAAGAACAGCACAAAGAUCACGCUAAUCAGUAUUAAGGGAUGCAAAACUUGUACAGGAAUAGUGGUCUUUGCUGAAGGAACAAAGCUCUAUUUCUCAAUAAAAUUAAGAAAAAGUUAAUCAUAAGAUUGAUAGUAAAUAGAAGCUGUGUAGUUACAGUUCUAGGUAUUUUUAGCAUGCUUAUAUAAAAACUUAAACUUUAAAUCAGGAACAAUUUUAAUUAUGAAAUAUAUUUUUGAACACUUUAAAAUUAAUAUUUAAAAAAUACUUUUGCAACUUACAGCUUUUAAAUAUUAUAGAAUGUCUUGCAACUAUGUGUCACACUACUUGCUAGCUGAAACAAGUUGCAGGAAUUGAAUUUUCAACUCUUGAUAGCCUGUGUUCUCUCCCAAAAUAAGGGGUAAAUUUUGCAUCCCAAAGAGAUGAAUCUUUCAUAUUGCCACUACUUAAAUGGGUAAAUAUUAACUUUUUUAAAAGGUCAUUUUGGUUUUGUCUACCAUUGCCCAAGCCAUCCCUAAACAGUUACAUUAAAGUAUCUGUAUUUUGUUAUUUUUUCACUGUCUCUUGCCUUCCCUUUAGUUGCCAUCACCCAUUUUCAUAUGAGUGGAAGUGGAAUAUAUGUAUUUCCUAAAGCUUUCAAUCAUGUAAUGUCAGUAUGAAAUCUUGCGUUGUGUAAUUUCUGAAAGCAUUGUUUUGGAAGUAAAAAUAAGAUGCACUUAUGCCUUAUCUUCUGUGAGAGUAAAGCUGGUAGUGUGUGGAGCAUAAUGCACGAACCGGUUAAUGCAGUUCUCCUAGGACAGUAUGUUCGAAACCACCAUGAUUUAAUUUGAGUUAGGUAAUUGGUAAGUAAUUUAAACAUUUGACAGAGACAUGAACAAAUGAGCACUUCAGAAUUGGUAGUCUGAGCCAGCAAGCACUGAAUAAAGAAGCAGCCUCUAAGCAGCUUAUCUGUGGAACAAAUCCGGAUAUCUUCAUAUUGUCUGCAAACCUCAGUACACCAUUACCACGGAAGGUGCAACUGUCAUAAAUACUUCUAGCAGUGUAAUUAUAUUGUUCUAGUAACUUGAGGUUUUUCAGCACUGGAAAAAUACUUUUGCAAUGAGAAUUACCAUACUGCAGUCUAUGAUGGUUAACGUUUUACUAGUAAGAAAAACCGUGCUUAACCAGUUCUCAGAAUGCGAAUUUUUUAGUCGUUUUUCGUUUAAAACCGCAACUGGUGCAGAGCGCUCCUCCCGCCGCCGCUUGGUGGCAGUGCGGGAGUCACUUGCGGCCUCAUGUCCCCGUGGGUACCAGCGCGCCUGGCGCCUUCACCCAUCAACAGCCGCAUCGCGCUAGAAAAUGUCAGGGUAGAAUCUGGAGUUCUUAUAAAUUUUUGAUGCUUAAUCUCAUAACAUGAUUUUAAACCAGGCUUUUUUUUCCACUUUUAAUUUGGAUGGCUUAUCACUGUUUCUAUUUCCUCUUUUAAAUAAAUUACAUGAACUGCCUGAACAGUGUUAGAAGAAAGAUUUUCUUCCCCCCUUUAGCUUUAAAUAAAUUCUAAAAGCAUAUUUUUGUACAUAUUAUCCCUUUUAUGGUAAAAUGUUUACCAGAUUUGUUGUUCUUCGUCAUUAUCUGUUAAAAGUUUGGAUUAUUUUGUCCAGUUUUCCUGUCAUUGUAUAGAUGAACAACUCCACCUUGAUAUCAACAAUUUAUUUGUUCUAUUUUCUUGCUAACUAGGAAAACCCUCUUGUUUUUAAUAAA